AUGGUGUACAUCAUACGGCAUUACAAGGCCAAGAGACUCACCAACCGGGAGUUUUAUGUAAUACGCUUUCUACCUAUCAGACUAGGUGUCGCUAUGUUCAAGUACCUCGUCUGGAUACGUCGAUUUGCAAACCUACUACGGCGCGAACGAUCUGGAUAUUUGGAUACAAAUCCAGGGCCCUUAAAGGGACAGCGGCUUGUCUUUAAUUCGAAUGGGAAUAUAUGGUCAACAUCUCGGCUUACAGCAAUACUUCAAACAGUAACCUCUAGAGUAUGGCUACAGAAGAUGAACAUUCAGCAUUACCGCCAAAUUUCGAUUGGAAUCACAGAAACGAAUGUUCGGGAAGUGCAUUCACCGUUCAACCGAUAUGAUGAUUCUAGCGCCAAAGCGGAUCUGAAUGUCGUAUUUGCCUGGCAAAGCGGACUUCGGCCUUUACAAAGGGGCAUUACAUACGGUCUUGAUGGCGCAUUUCCACAUCAGCUUCAGCCAGCGCUUUUUCGAGCAUAUGAGUGGGCAUCAACUCGCUGGCAUGAACCUUUACAUCAACCUAGUAAAGUGUUACCACCAGCUCCAUCAUCAAUACUGACAUCUCUAAAGAGUGACAAAGGAGGAUACAAGCGCAAGGCGAAUCACCCCACUAUGGAAGGGGAUCGUUCAGUGGCUUAG